GCGCUCAACUGUAAUUCAAAACCAAGAAGGCCAGGGUAGGGCGAAGCGAGACGCCAAUCCCCAAAGAAAGAAAAGAACAACAACAGCCGUGCAUUACAGUCUUUUGAGAAGAUAUGGUUUUUGACUCUACUUUUGUAUUUCCAGAUGAUAUUUCUAGAAAUGUGAACGGUUCAAUGUGUGCGGCGGCAAUUGUCAUAUGUGUUGAAAGUCACAAACUGCAAAGGACAACAGUCAUGUUUUUGAGAAAUUGAUCUUUCUGGAUAGAAAAGACCUAUUUACCACCACUGCACGGUUCAGGUUAAUGGAAAACCAGAUCUGCAAAACACACAGAUGAGUCACACAGUGCACAUGUAAACGGGACACAGCCUCUGUGGAGAGCACAUGUGGAGUUAACGCAUCCUAAAACGGCAGAGACCCAGCUUCAGUCAUGUCUCUAUCAACAGUGCUUGCAAAGGCACUUUUUGACAAUGCCGCUGAAAGCCCAGAGGAGUUAGCGUUCCGCAAAGGUGAUAUCCUGAUGGUACUAGACCAGGACGGUGGACCGGGGUGGUGGCUUUGCUCACUACAUGGCCGUCAAGGAAUUGCCCCUGCCAACCGAUUAUGCCUCCUCCGAACUGCACAGACUCCAGCAUCAAGCACAGCUACAGACACCCGGCGAGCUCCUAGUGUGGACUCGGUCCAUCUAUCGACUAGCCAGCAGGACAGAGUAAAUGGACUGAGCACUGAAGAUUCAGAGGGGGUGUAUCUCACACCACCCAGCUUAGCUGAAGGGGUGUACCAGAGCCCUGGGGCUGCUCCUGCCCCUGCCAGGUCUGGGGAGAUAUGUCACCUUGAUGGAGGAAGGCCACAAUCACAUUCUAGUUCCGGAACCAGGCCUUGUCCAGAUUGGGGCGAUGUGGGUGUGGCGGGACGACCCCGUUCACCCUCACUUAGAGAACAGGGUGGCGAGUCAGGGACCCUCUUCCAGACUCCCACCUCCCCUGCGCCAGUGGCAGCACAACACAGAUCACAAGGUGCACUGACAUCCGAUUCAGUGUACCUGACUCCAAGUGCUGUUCCCAGGUCUGCUGCUGAAACAGCGGAAGAGGCGAGGUAUUUAAGUCCACGAGAUGCAGGGGCCAGUAGCUCUGAUGGAUGCUACUUAGUGCCUAGAGCAGCUGUUGCUGCAUUGGCCAGUGAGAAUUUAUAUCAGAGUCCUACAAGUGGUGCCCCAGUUGCAGGACAGUGUGUGCCAAGAAUGACUUCAAAACUUACGAAUGGGAUUGCACACAAAAGCAGCCCAUCUUCUUCUGCUAGUCCUUCUCAGAAUAAGACUGGCCUGGAUGCCCCAGGGAAGUACCAAACCCCAACUCCACCUCGGGAUGCUAUAUCAAGGACUCCUCAAUCUGACCGCAAACAUCCCGCUGGAACUGUAGGAGUGUCUGGAGCUUCGACACCAGGCCAGUAUCUUAAGCAGACACCUCCCUCUGCCCAAAGAUCCCAAAAGGGUACUACUUCAACUCCUCUUGUUGGUCAAGGAAAGUCUGGAGUACCAGGGUCCCCAAACUUUGGCCGCAAACCCCCUCCGCCAACACCUCCUGUUAGAAGUGUGACCAGGAAGGAUUUACCUCAAUCUAACUCAGUUCCAACUACCAAACCUGUUCUCCUGGCCAACCCUGCACCCCCACAGACAAACGUACCAGAGGAAGAGAGACAGGGAAGUAUAAAUGGACACAUGCAAGUGGACGAGAUGAAGAAGAACAGUGAAAUAGUGACCAAGAGGGAGAGUGCAAGUUCUCAGGAUGAGAAACUCAGUGAGGAGGUAUAUGAUACACCUCCAACAAAUAGGUGGCAGCAUCCAGUACCUAAAGUGCCUUCCGAGGAGGAUGAUGGGAUCUAUAACACCCCUCGCGCUGUACCCCUACACACUGACCAAGCCUCAGAGAUUUAUGAUGUUCCCUCUCUGGCCCUGAAUUCCUCCUCUUUGGCUGGAGAUGCAGAGGAUGAGGAUGUGUACAGUGUUCCCAGUCUUCAUGGUUUACCAUUGGAGGCAAGCGAGUUGCCGGGAUUAACUGCAGAAACUGCUGUAAAUGGAUGUACCUAUUCAAUUUCCAGUCCUAGAAAGCCAGACUUAACUUCUGCAGAUGUGUCAGAACCUGAUGGAGGCAUCUAUGACAUGCCUGCCCUCACUCUAGAAAUCCCGACAUGCCGUUUAUCUGUGUCAAGCACCGGCUCUGGGGACAUCCAGUGGAAAGCGUCUCUCUCUGCUCUUGUCCAAUCAGCCCUGACCUCUGCCUCUGUCACCACCACCCCAUCAAGUGACCUCGCCUCUGCAUUGACUGAGAUCCUCUCUGUCUGGAAGGCUGGGCAUGUUGGUGAUAUUCCUUUAGUUCUCCAGCAGGCAUGGUCCCGUCUCUCUGACCUCCUUCCUGCCCUUUCGGUGUGUGGCACUGCCCCUCCAGCCGACGGUCUGCUCCCGAUGGUCCGCUGUGCCCUUGAAGACUCCGUGUCCCUUUUACAGAGUCAAGUGCGACCUCGUUUACCUUCCCAGGAGCCUCUGUCCCGGAGACCUCUACCUGCUUUGCCGGUGGCAGAGGUCAAACCGAUCACAGGGGACAUGGGAUCACGGAAGAGCAGCUGGAUCCAGGAACGACCCCUGCCGCCUCCACCACCCGCAGCCUUCCCUUUGCCCCCGACAUCAGUUUCUUUAGCCCCGACUGUGGGAAGAAUGGAGGAUGAGGAACAAGGGAAUGUGUAUGCAGGAAUUGGCCUGACUCCUACAGCCCUGCCUUCAUAUCCUGUAGGUGAUAGUGUGGGAUACGUCAAACUGCAGGGGAAGCCAGAGCCUCUAGCAGACACCCAUACAGAGCACAGUUCUUCACAGCGUAUCACCACAACUGAUAAUAAACUGAGUCCUUCCCCUUCAGUCUCUCUGUCUCUGGAAGAUUCAGAGCUGCUCUCCUUCUACUCCAACCAAAGUCUCUCUCAUCUUACUUGCCUAUCCGAUGCCAUCGAUUCCCUGUUCACAAGUGUCCAAGGGAACCAACCACCCCGAGUCUUCGUGUCCAGGGGGAAAAGUCUCAUUGUGACUGCGCACAAACUUGUCUUUAUUGGGGAUACACUUGCAAGGCUUCUCAGCUCUUCAGACCUCAGAGCAAAGGUCACCAGCUGCAGUGGACGCCUCUGCCAAGCUCUGAAGGCUGUUGUCAUGGCAACUAAGGGUGCAGCCCAAAAUUAUCCUUCGGUCCCUGCUACGCAAGAAAUGGUGGACAGAGUAGCCGAUCUAUUCCAGCAUGCAGCUGGCUUCUCUGGGCUUUUGCAGCGAUUAGCUGAGAUAUCUUGAUGUUAUUUGUGGGCGUGUGAACCUUUAUUGUUUUCACAGUGGAAUGCCUUAAUAAUUUUUUUGUUUUUUUGAGGAUGCAUCAAAAGCAUGUCACUGCUUGUAUUAGUUCAACAGUGAUGAAAUUAUCAAAAAUGGUCGGUGAGUAUACGUUGGAGUGUAUCUUUUGGGUUUAACACUUUAGACAUGUCUGUCUUUUUUUCUUGUUUUUUGGUGCCAAGCACACUUAUGCAUUUAAAUAACUUAUUGAUGGAUGUUUUGUUGAAGAUGUUUGCAACCUCAGGCACAUUUGAAUAGCUUUAUUUUGUCCCCUUAAUCAUAUUGACAACAAUUCGGUAAAAGUGGUCUUCUGUAUUUAAGGGUGCUCUCGUAAACUGCUCUAAUUUUUCAGUUUGUUAGUAAAUGUGAAGUGGCCUUGAUGUUAUAGAGAUUGAAGUGACUAAUUUGACAGCCCAGGAGGUUUCAGUUGUGCUGCACAUGUAACCAAAAGAGAUCAGACUAACCUAGUCUCAAACGUUUAACAAAGAAGGAAUACUUGAUUAUUUAAACAGACAUGAAGAAAAACACUACUUUUUAAAUGAGAGAUUCAACGAUGUAUUGAAUUUUUGGGAGAGAUAUCUUUUUUUUUUUUCACAAUGCUUAUUUAAAGAUAAACCUGUCUGUCAGGUCCACUCAGCCUCUUUCUUCACACUCUGUUUCACUCCCUUAUUUUUUCUUCCCGUAAUUCUCACACUCCCACUUUUCCUUCACAUGCUAUUUUUAAAUAAGCUAUGCAGCAUUUCUGAAAAUGGCAAUAUAUAUCUAGUAGCUUCCAUAGUGGGCAUUGAAAUCCCAGUGCUUACAAUAUCUUGUACUCAAAACAGGCUUGGUUCUAAUUAGAAUGAACCUUGUGUAUCUUACCCAUUGAACAGUGCUAACACAGGUUGAAACAUGCACCUGUUUCCCACCUGUCAUGAAAAAUCAAGUCGGUGUCAUAAAUGUACUGUCGUGUUUACAGGACGCCCUCAUAGUCUGUAUCUCAGAGCCCAUUCCUGCAUCUGUUAAUUCCUCCAUCUGCUCUCUUUUUCUGUCUCCUUCCCCCCUCUUUGUCUGGAAAUACCCUCAUCUCUUUUUAUAUUCAGGAUCGACAUGCUGGCCACCAGUGCAAUGCUGUUGUGUUAUUCUUGCUGUUCCUCUUCGGUUCGGUUUGACUGGUUCCUUGCAUAUUUGCAGUUACUGACUCUUGCAAUUUAAUAAUUUAGCUAUAAAAAAGUCAUAGUUUACAUCUCAAGUAGCCUUCCCUUUAUUACUGCCUUUUUGAAAAAGUGACCUUUUAAAAAAAAUUGGCAGUCUUAUUUCAAUGGAUGCAGUGGAAUUUUGACUAAAAAGUCCAAUUAAGUUAAUUAAACUGACCUUUUUCACAUUUCCGGGCUUCUCAGAAGCGUAAGCCGUCAUAGUUCGGUUAACCCUGAACAAAGGUAGAAUACCACAAAUAUUUUUUGCAUUCACAUUUUCUCAAAUGGCAAAAGAAAAACUCUGCGAUAAUGUUUUUAUGACUUUCAAUAAAAGAAAAUAAAUCGAGAGAGACUGAUAACAGCAGUAAGAAGAGAAAAAACCUGAUGCAAAUGUGAUAUGACUCAAAUAAUAGUGAUAAAAAAAAAUACAAAUGUGGAAAAACUUUUAAGGAUUUACGAUGCUGAAAAUCAUACUGUCUUGUGAAAUGUGUUUCUUUUGGUUUACUCUGGUGCUGGGGUGUUCGUUAACUCGAGGCGCCAUCUGGAGGACUUCAUCAGUAUUGCUACACAAAGCUCUCCUGUCCGUGUGUACAAAAUAACUACAUUACAAAUAUUCAAGCAAGCGUUCCUAUCAGAAGACUCACUUAUCUUGUUCGUCUCAAGCUCUUAAAUUAAGUGCUUGCAGUAAUGCUUUCAAUUGAUGGCCCUUUAUAAUUAUAUUUUGUUAAUCAAAUGCCUGCAUGGCUUUAAGUUGUUUAUUACAGAAAUAAUAUGCACACAUAACAGGGAUUUUCAUGCAACUUUGCAUUAAUAAUUCAAAGUUUGCUUUAAGAAUGUGAUUUUUCUUUUCAUUGGUACCAGAAUGUAUUUUGACAUGCAUAGUUUGUGCUUAUUUACAGUAUGUCUAUAUUCAUUUUGAGAUUUUGUUUGUAAGACACACUCCACAGGUGGCAUAGAGGGAGUCUUUGGUACUUGUCAAAUGGUGAGAUGAUUCUUGAAAAUACAUUUUUGUUACAGAA